GCCCCGGGCCUGGGCACUUACAGCGACCUGGGAGAGGUGUCCUGGGGGUUUGUCAGUGGGAGUUUAUUUAUUUAAAGAACUAAUGUGCUGCCAGGGAAACCAUAUUGAGGAGAGAAAGUGAUAAACCUGCCCGUAUAAUGUGUCAGUGUUGGCAGUGUCUACAGUGAACAUGAUGGCAGGCCAGCCUGUGUCAAUGCACAAGUACGAGGUGAGAGUACAAAAGGGGGUCGAACAGACAGACGGUGAUCCAGAGAAAAGUUUUGCAGACACAGGAAUGGGGAGAACUUGCAACAAUGCUCUUGCUGAGUCCAAUCGCAUGGAUACAGAUAAAGCUUCUAUAUACAGACAUCCACUCUUUCCUCUCCUGGCUCUUCUGUUUGAGAAGUGUGAACAGUCUACUCAGAGCUCAGAGUGCGUCACGUCGGCAAGCUUUGAUAUUGAUAUCCAGAAUUUUGUUCACAACCAAGAGAAAGAUGCCAAGGCUUUCUUCAGUGAAGAUGCUGAGCUGGACAACCUGAUGGUGAAGGCUAUUCAGGUUCUCAGGAUUCACCUUCUGGAACUGGAGAAGGUCAGCGACCUGUGUAAAGACUUCUGUAGCCGAUACAUCUCCUGUCUGAGGAGCAAGAUGAACAGCGAGACUCUGCUGAGCGGAGAAACAGACGGUCCCUAUUCUCCUCUGCACACUCAGGGCACCCAGGGCACUGUGGUUCCUUCCUCACCUAUGCAACAAGGCAACUUAUCAGCAAUUAGUCAAUCACAAAUGAUUUCAGGUGGUGCAGUGUAUCAGCCAGUCACAGUAGUCACACCUCAAGGUCAUGUCAUGACUCAGACCAUCUCACCGAGCAAGAUACACAAUCAGAGCUCCCAGCAAUUACAGCUGCAGAUGAAUCAGGAUUUGGGUUUCUUCUGUAACGAAGACAGUUCGUCCAAAAACAAACGCGGUGUUCUCCCCAAACAGGCCACCAAUAUCAUGCGCUCAUGGCUCUUCCAGCACAUCGCACACCCUUACCCUACGGAAGAUGAGAAAAAACAGAUUGCUCAUCAAACCAACCUCACUCUGCUACAGGUCAACAACUGGUUCAUUAAUGCACGGAGGCGGAUCCUGCAGCCAAUGUUAGACGCCAGUUCUUCAGAGAUGCCAAAAUCCAAAAAGAAGACUCCACAGACCCGCCCUUUACAGCGUUUCUGGCCCGAUUCGAUUGCUUCCUCUGUGUCCCCGCAACAGUUCAGCAUGGAACACGGUACAGACUUAAACAUAAUUGCGGUUGGGAUGAGCAUGGAUGGCUACCAAACUCUAUCCUCAGAUGGAGCUACAAUUGCCAUGCAGCAGGUCAUGAUGGGUAAUCACAGCGAAGAUGAAUCUGAUGUCAGCGAGGAUGACGGCGACACACACCUGUCUUCAGCUAACAUGACUGAUCUGGGCCUCAAUUCCAGUAACUGACUCUCUUGGCCGUGUGCGCGCCAUGCACACACAUACACACUCAAGAUUUAACAUGGCGCUGAUUUUGCAAUGCUGAUACUUCUGCACUACAAAAAAAAAUCUCCAACACCCCUUAAAGUAAAGUGUAUAAACACACAAAGUUGUCAAAGAGCAUUACAUUACAGAUAGGUGUGCUAAUUUAUGAGAUGUUUUUAUUGCAUAGACAUCAAGGUGAGUGCACUUUUUGUUUGACUAACUCUAAAACAGCAAAAGGGAAAAAAGGAAGAAAUGAAAGAGAGAAGAAAAGUAAUGUCCCCAAGUAUAUGACACUCUUGUUCUUUCGAAUUUGUUACACAAUUUGCAUUUCUAUGAUAACACAUCUGGAUGCCAAAAUGUUGUGAGUUUGUGCUUGUGUUGGUGUGAUUGUGGUUUUUUUUCCCCCCUGCAUGCUGGUUUUUCUCUGCUGUUCUUAUUCUCUCUCACAACCGUGCCACGAGAGCAAAAAUGAGAGAUGCUUAUUUUUAUAUAUUUAGAACAAAAUGUUUAUUUCUUUUUAAUGGUUUGUUUUUCGUUUUAUAAGGAAUAUUUAUGUACAAAAAAUGCUAGUUAGUCGCCCAGUUUUCAGGGCUUUGUAACAUUUUUAUAAGAAAACAAAGAAAAAAAAACAGACUUUUAAAGUUUUGCAUACAUAAGUUAGCUCAAACUAUGCCUUACAUUGUAAAAGUAACUAAAGCACAUGCAUUAUUGAGUAGAUGAUCAGUGGCUUCAUCUAUUUUAGUUGUGUUAGCCAUAAAGAUGGGAAUUUGUUAUACUCAGUAAAAGUAGAUAGUAGCAAGAAUCAAAAUACAUUUAGAUGUUUGAUUCUCAAUUUUGCUACACUGUACAUUUUAUUCCCUGUAUAAGUAGCUCAUCAGCUAAUAAAUAGAUCUUUUAACAUG